AUGACUGACACGCAAGAUUUGGCAGCACUCCAACGACUCACAGAACUCGAUGAUGACCUAGAUUCGGAUGCUUUGGAUCAUUUGGAGGAAGAAGCUGAAAAGGAGCUCAUGGAAGAAAUGGAAAGUGAAAACCUUGCUUGUCAAUCACCGUCGAUGUCGAGCCGCUCUGAUGAGAGUGAGUCGUCAGACUACGUUUUCGGUCCGCUAGCACCAGACGACGUGGCUGACAUCCUUCAUGAUUUGCGCGAGGUGGGAAUGGUCGAAUGCCUUCGUCGACAUAUCAUGCCAAAUCCAUCUCGCAUUUUGGAUAUUUUGCUCUCUUUGGGCGUUAUGUUGCCGCGUUCCAUGCUGCAAGAAGCCGACGAGGAGCCCUACAUGCUCUUACCUAUCUUAAAAAUGGUGUUUAUUCGAAUUCUUCGUCAGCGGCAGAAGCUACCACAUUACAACACGGUGGACGAUGCUAUUCAAUUACUCAGAAAAAGUAAGCGGAUUGUGGUGCUGUGCGGUGCAGGCAUUUCUGUAUCCUGCGGUAUACCGGAUUUCCGCUCCAAAGAUGGUAUUUAUGCCAUACUUGCACAAGAAUCGAAAUAUGAACUAGAUGAUCCGUCUGACAUGUUUGACAAGGAGACUUUUCUUCGCGAUCCCAGCAUGUUUUAUUCGUUUGCUCAUUCUAUUUAUCCCGCUAACUUUGAGCCGUCACCGACCCAUUACUUUGUCCGCGAGAUCGAGAAGCAUGGAAAACUUUUACGCAUGUACUCACAAAACAUUGACACUCUGGAGCAAAAAGCUGGUAUUGAACGCGUAGUUCAAUGUCAUGGCUCGUUUGCAUCUGCCACGUGCACUGACCCGCGAUGCAAAUACCAAGUGGAUGGCCAAGAAAUUCGUGAUGCUAUCAUGUCUAAACGUAUACCCAUGUGUAAAAUGUGCGAAGAGCGAAGAAAGACCAAGGCAAUCAAGCGACAAAAAAUCGAUGAGAGUGAUGAAGAUGACCACGGUCUGGCAUUUGGCAUUAUGAAACCAGACAUCACCUUUUUUGGCGAGAAGCUCCCGGAUGAAUUUGAACACUGCGUACUGGCGGAUCGAGAUCAAGUCGACUUGAUUCUGGUCAUGGGCACGUCACUAAAAGUAGCACCUGUGGCUGAUCUACUCUCGCAUUUCCCACCCUCUGUGCCAACGGUUCUGAUCAAUCGCACGCCCAUUACUCACAUGGCUAUGGACAUCUUAUUACUAGGUGAUUCGGAUCCCAUUGUCGGGUAUUUGUGCCAACAACUUGGAUGGCCAUGUGAGCAUGCAGCACCUGAUGCACCUACACGUGUCGGCGACUCGAAUGUAUGGCUUUUCCCGGGUGCUGAGACGGACCAUAUAGCAACAGAAACGACCAUCACAGAUUAG